AUGGAUAAAGACAUUGAAAACAUGAUUGCUGUUUGCAAGCCUUGUCGUGAGAAACAAAAUUCUCCAACGAAAGAGAUCAACCAUCCUUGGGAACCAGCAACUCAGCCAUGGGAGAGAAUACAGGACAAUGGACGAAGUUUCACUUCUCUUACUUUUCAAGAGUUUCUUAAGUCAUGUGGAACUCAACACAAAACGACUGCUCCGUUCCACCCAUCAUCUAAUGGACAAGCUGAACGCUUUGUACAAACAGUGAAGAAGAUGUUGAAGUCGAUAUUAGAUGAACCAGGAACACUUGACAGUAAAAUUCACAAGGCGUUAAUUCAACUGCGUCAAGUACCAAACUCAACAGGAAACUCGGCAUACUAUCUCAUGUUCAACAGACAAGUAAGAACAUACCUGAGUGUUAUGAUACCUUCUAGAAUCGAGGACUCAAAAGACAAACCUAAAGGUAUAACACGCAUAUUUAAGGUGGGAGACCGUGUUCAAGUGAGAAACUACUACAAGGGUCAGACAAAAUGGAGUUUCGGAAAAGUUACAUCAAGAGAUGGAAAUCUACAUUACAACGUUGAACUGGAGAACGGAGUAACAUGCAGACGACAUGUAGAUCAAAUGCUGCGAUCAAGACUUUAA